AUUUUUUUGUGAGGAGCUUUAUGCUCUAAGUUUUUGCAAUUCUUGUUGGCGAUUUCAAAAAUAGUGCUCAUUUAAUAAAAAUACAAUACGGCAGAUGGCAAGGCCACGCGAAAUUUGACCGCCGUAGCGGAAUCCUGGGGGGUACGUGCAUUUAUAUAUCAACAGCGAUAUUGGUUCUGUUGCCACAAUUGUAAUUUACGACAUUUGUUUGGAAAUAAAAACAUGUCUACGUUCAACGUCUUAAUCCCUGUCGACGGCAGUGAAAAUAGCGAAAAGGCAUUCGAUUGUAAGUAUUUAGACUUUAGUUUAUUAAUAAUUUUGAAGCGUUAUGUAACUCAUAUUAUACAUGUAAAUAGCCGUGGUUUUAUUAAAAUGUUGCACGCCUUUGAAAAUGUUUGUAAUUUCGAAUCUGUUAAAUUCCAGAGAUAAUUUGCCAGUUUUUAAAUUCUACGAAUAUUGAGUAAAGUUCGAUCCAUAUAAAUGUAACUAAAUCAUUAGGAGAUUUACAAACUUUGUUCAUGCAAUUUGUUGCAGUUUUAUAAUAAUUAUAAUAUAAAUAUUAAGCUGUUCAUAUCCAAAGUAUAUUGAGCUGAUUUUGUGAUCGAUUUGGUCGAAAUUUGCAAUUUAAUGAAAAUUCAUUUCCUGUUCUUAACUUUGUGGUUCAAUUUAGGUAAGAUCAGGGAAUGUUUUUUCAAGGUUUUUUAUGUUUCCAAGGUUUUGAAACUCUUGAAAACAUGUAUUUUGUAUUUAAAAAUUGUUGCAAAUACAUUGUUGUCAAGCAGCAAUGGUUUCCAGCAGUUCAUAAAUGUACAUUAUGGCCAAAUGCAUUAUGCACCCUACUUUAUUAUUUUACUCUGUCUAACGCCAGACAAUUUUACUCAUCAGGGGGAGAGUAAAAACUGUGAUAUAAUAUUGCAUGACCUUAUAUAGCUUAGCUCCAUGUGAUGCCAUAGUUUCAUACUCAUAUUUGGUACUCAUAUUUGACAGAUAUUUCCCAAGAUAUAUUCCAUGUGAUGCCAUAGUUUUAUACUCAUAUUUGGUACUCAUAUUUGACAGAUAUUUCCCAAGAUAAUUUAUGGUGGCAGCCUUUCUCUUUGUGACUCUUGCUGCAAAGUUCAGAUAGCUAGACACUGUACACAGAUUUAUCCUCACAAAUUCUAAGGGGUGUAGUGCAAGGGGUGGGUGCUGAUCAGGAGGGCUUGUUAAAAUUUCCUUUCCAUUAUUGUUUUGAAAAUAUAACAAACUUUUGAUAACUUGCUAGUAAUAAGAUUUGGCAUUGUUGCACAACACAUGAGCCCUCUUGUUGAAAUUUUUUACUGCUUAACCCAUUGAGUGGCAGCUAGAGCUGUGCGGUUCCAAAAAUUUUAUCUCGGUUCCGGUUUCGGUUUUUUUGGAACAAAAAAACAUCGGUUUGGUUCGGUUUCGGUUAUUUUCAAAAAAGAAGAACAGUACAAAUGUAUGAACUCAUUUAUGCAUGUUUCAAGCAUUUUUACUAAAUAGAUGAAUUUAUGCCUUUGUAAGUUUGUGUAAAUCUCUGAAUAUUUUAAAAGAACAAGAUGUAAUAUUUCUUAGAAUAAGAUGUAAUAUUUCUUAGUUUUUAAAAAAAUUUAAAGCAAGUUCACAAAAAUAACUAUCACAACUAAAAUAUCAACUAUUUGAGCACUUAGUACAGUGCAUAUUGUGCACAAAGAGCACAAUCUUGUUAUUUUCCAAACAUUUCAACCCGCAAUCAGGUGGGCGUUAAACGGGAAAUUAAAACCGAAACUACCGGUUUUUUGCGUAUAGUUUUUCGGUGCUGAAAAAAGUACCGGAAGAACCGAAUUUUUCGGUUAACCGCACAGCUCUAGUGGCAGCACUCUCCCCCUGAUGAGUAAAAUUGUCUAGGUGUUAGAGUAAACUAAUAACGUAGGGCACAUUGCCAGUUACAGGGUUAACAGGGUGCAUUUUUAAGGCAGAUAGUCUGAUAAACCCAUUGAGUAGCAGCAAUGCAUGCACUCUCCCUGUGAUGAGUAAAAUCAUCUGGCAUUAGACAGAGUAGAACAAUAAAGUAGCUAGGGCAAAUUUGGGCACAUUGCAGCUAAAGGGUUAAGUUUGUUAUGGUUUUGGUUGCCUGUGAGGGAGUAAUAUAUGUUUUCCAUGUACAAUCAUGCACAUUUCAAUUUGAUCAGACUCAGCAGAUGUUAAUUUUCUCAUCUGGUGAUCAGUGUCUUCAGUUAUUAACAAAAAAAUAAAUGACUUUAAUUACUGUAUGUAAAUUAAACAGCAGAUGUUAUCAAAUAUAUAACAGACAGUACAAUUACUAACAUUACUUUUGAAUUUAUUUACUUAAUUACUGUAAGUUGAACAAUGCCAGCCUAUGGGAUUACAAUUCAAACAGAACCAAUGAAUUGUAAUCCCAGGGCUGGUUGUUCUAAAGCUGGUUAGCUUAACCCUGGUUAACAUAACAUCCAAAUCAUAUAAUAAUCCCAGCAGCUUGUUUAAUUUUAAACUUGGAAAAAUUUUUUCAGAAAUCUUGUCUAGAUCAUCAGAAGUUUAAUUUCCUACGUACAGAUAUACAUAAACCGAAGAAAUGGGUUAAGUUUAACCCAUGGUUAGUGCUAAUUAUAUACACAUGCACAGAUGGUCUCAGUCCCGGUGUCCCAGGAUUUUCGCCCCCCCCUACAAUUUCGCCCCCCGGGGGGCGAAAUUCCUAGGAAUAUCGCCCCCCCUUGGGGGGCGAAAAUCCUAGGAAAUUCGCCCCCCUUUAGGAAAUUCGCCCCCCUUUAGAAACUUCACCUUUUCUUUAGGAUUUUUGUCCUCCGUUCAAAAUUUCGCCCUUCCUAACAGUUACAUGGGAUAAUUAUUACAUGGCUUUAGUCAUUUGAAAUCAGUAUCAAUUCAAAAUUGUUAAGACAGAGCUUGAAAUAACAAUCGAUCAAUGAUCGGCAUGGAAUUGCUUAUGAUUGGCGGAAAAGCAGAGUUUCGGUUUCCAACCUGAAAAAAUUAGGGAAAGUCAUGAUCGAGAACUUUGGGAACGUUAUUUCAAGCCCUGUAAGAAUACAAAUUUACAGUUACAUGUAUCGAAAGGGCUUACACAGUUCACAGUUAAUAGACUAAGACUUAUGACGCUUCACAGCACACCACGCAUAUUUUGCAUUUUUAGUGUUAAUCCUUAAACUCAUUGUUAAAAAGUAAUCACCGUGGUGGUUAUUGUAAUUAUUGGUAUUGUUUUGCAUCCACAUUUUGUCGUUAUCGGAAAAUGUAUGGCUUACAAGUUGUCACUAUUUUUUACUUGCAUUAUUUCAAUAUAGUUUGUAAAUUUCAGAAGCGAAGGGUAGAACUUGCCAAUAAGCAAUACUCCAAUAAUAUACGUUUCAAAAAAGACAAAAAAGCUUUUAGUUUUGCAGAGUUACAUUCUCGAAUGCUUAAGGCACUAAUAAAAUCAAAGUAUCAUGAAAUUAUUUGAAUAAACCACACCACAUAUAUAAAAUGCAAUUUUCUUUGCGGAAGUUAAAAAUCAAGAUUACAUCACUGACACUGACAUGGAAAGUUGACGAUUCAAUGGACAAUAGUCAAUACGCUUCCCAACAAAUUCCAUAGAUUUUUUAUUAAUCCUAUAGUUUAUUGUUAGCAAGUGAUUAAUGUGGCGGCUAUUGUUAACACUGGUAUUGAUAAAAUUUGCAAGCGAUUGUUUUUAUAAUAUGUUAUGUCAACUUAUGUGAAUGUAACUGCCAGAAGAAUACGACAACAUGAUUUUAUGCGAUCUCUGUGGGCAAUGGUUGAUUAUGGUUCCACUUUAGAUGUGUAGAAUAUGACACUAGUCUAAGUACCUCAAAUGAGUGAUUAUGCAGACUGUGCACACCACCAGCUGCUAAGCCUAAGAAGCUUAAAAUGUGUAUGUGAUUUUGUCUCCUUGUAAUAAAUAAAUAAAUCACACAAUAAAUCUUUUCAACUUGCAAUCGUUUUGUUCUUAGAUCAAAAAUUCAAAAUUUAUAUGGGGGGGGGGGCGAAAUUCCUAAAGGGGGGGCGAUAUUCCUAGGAGAUUCGCCCCCCUGGGGGCGAUAUUCCUAGGAGAUUCGCCCCGGGGGGGCGAAUAUCCGAGGAAUAUCGCCCCCCUUUUGAGAGGGGGGGCGAAUCUCCUGGGGGGGCGAAUCUCCUGUGACACCGGAAGUAUUUAAUAUAUACACAGCACAGGUGGUCUCUACUCCAAUCCUCUACCGUGCAACCUCUGACUACCGUGCAAAAUGCUAAUUUUAUUUGGUCUCAAAUUUGUAUGGUUAGCUGUGCUGGAAUUUGUCCAGUUUCAUGUGUCCUGUGUGAAUGCAAGGCGAAACCAGAUGAAUUUGAGUAUGGUUCCGAAUUCAUCCAGCCCUGUGUGAACAGGGUCUAAAACGCUGAGUAUAUACCCUUGUCUUAAACCACAAUAGCAUGCAUUCUGUUUUAAUUUUUACUCUUGUGCCUUGGUCAAUCCAUUUAAAUCAGGAUGUUCUCAGUGGCGUUUUAACACUCAUUGGAUAGGGUUAGUUAAAAAACUAAGGGCCCCCGACAGUUAGGGACCCCCAUCAGCCACGGCUAUAUUGCCCGGAAAAUUAGAAAACGUAAAAAAUGCAGGUUAAUUAACUAGAAGUUACUAUCGCAAGGAAAGUGCUGCCUCACCCCCAAGGGGUCAAAGGCAGCAUGCACUAUUUGCUGAAUAAGGGGCUGUUUUUAUGAUCCCGCUUUGCCAGGAUGAUAUAUGAGGCGGGAUGAUUUAGAUGUAUUUAAAUAAGUCACGGUGUACACUUCAGCACAAAACUUCAUUAUUUUCGAGAGAUAGCAAUAGUUAUCUGUAAACUGAAAGGUUGUUCAAGCAGCAAUAAUAAUCUUCUUGAACUACAAGAUCUGCUCUACAACAUUUGAGUUUUGUUAACCAGCAUUUGGACUUUCGUUUAGCCUAUGGACGUAUUUCAAUACAUCAAAAUCAUCCCACAUUCCAUCAUGUAAACAGCCCCCAGGGGCGGAUUUAGACCGUUGCAACUGUAGCAUAUGCUACGGUCAGAUUUUCCAUAGGCCAGUUCUAACAUGGAUCAUAAAAUCAAUCUAAAAUAUAAUUUAGCAAUAUUUUGUUUACUUUCCUUGUUUAUAUUUCAAGGUUUUAUUUUAUUUAGUUUUAUAUGUUCUAAAACAUUUUAUUUUGACAAAUUGAUGACAUUUAUAAUACGUAACGUUAAUUGUUUUAAGAAUUCCCGCCCGAAAAUACGGUUGUAAUUGCCCGUUUGCGGGUCAUUACGCAAUGGACUAUAGCUUAGAAAAUAUCAUCCUUCAGAAAUACACCGUAGCGUGUUGCCCAUAUAUGAUCAAUUUUCGCUACGGUCAGAUUCAUUAAGGUCGAAUCUGACCGUAGCGAAAAUUGGCAUAUACGGCAUUCUGAUUGGUUUGCUACGGUCAAACGUAGCAAACCAAUCGGAAUGGGGCAAAUGCUAUAGUUUGCUACGGUGGCAUGAAAUUGGCUACUGCUCCAGAACGAUGGAAUAUCUGAUAUUUGUGUUUGGCUCAUCAACAACAUGCUAUUGGGAACCCACAGUACGGUUGUGCGCAUUUCGAAAUGAAAGCCGUCGUAAAGCUAAAGGAUUAAUUUAUAUGCGUCGAGGUAGAAAUAAAAUCAGAUAGUAAAACGAAUCAUUUCCAGUCAGGUAAGCCUUAUGAAUGAUAAGAGAUGCACAUUAUAUUUUAAUUUGAGUUUUUACUGUAUAGUGUUCGCUAUUAACUUCGCUUUAUUAAAGUGUUUGUGCGCGUAUGUACAGUAUACCUGCAUGUAUUGGAAUUAAUACGCGAAUUAUGAUACGCGCGUAUAUAUAUCGUGUUUUAUAGCGCGCUAAUAUUUGUUUGUAAUGCGUAUAUAUUCAUAAGAUAGUUAAGAUACGCGUAUUCAUAUCAUACGCGCGUUCAUAUAUGAUAUGCGUAUUCUUAUGAUACACGCGUUCGUAGAUGAUACGCGCAUUUCGGUAUUCAAUUGAUAAUGAUAUGCGUAUGAUACGAGUAUCAUACCGAUAUCGUAUGUUAAAAUAUACGCGAGCAAUAGUUUACAUUUUGAGAUCAUUUUGGCUUAUUUUUGCUUGAGAAAUGAAUACAAUGAGGACAAAUUUAAUGGUCACAUGCAGUGCUCAGAACGCAGGAAAUGGCAUUUCCGGGCUUCAAAUUUCAAAAAUUUUCCGGGGGGGGGCAUGCCCCCGGACCCCCCUAGGUAUGCGAGGUCUUGGAAAAUGCUACGGUCAGAUUUUUGGCUGGAUCCGCCCCUGGCCCCUUAGCCUAAGAUGCCUGUUCAGGAGGUAGGGAAAGUGCAAUUUGAAUACCAAACACCUUGCACAAAGUCAAAGGUCAGCUAAAUAUUCUAAUUCUACUUUCUUGGCAUGCCAAAUUUAUAUGAAUUCCUUCAAUGCUUAUAACUUCUUGUUUUUGUAUGUAUAAUUAUAAUUACUGUCAGCACUGGUGAAGCUAGCCAUAGUAACAGCUAGGUCAUGCUAUGGUUUUUAAUGAUUUGCAUUGCAGGUCUAUUAGCAUACCAUGACCAGUUACCAUGGCUAGCUUGCCACUCAAUACUGAACAAUAAUAGUUAUAAUACCAUAUGUACGUAUAAACAAUAAUAAUACUUGAAUGAAUCAUUAGACACAUAGAAUUUAAUAACAAUUUCAUAUAUAGAAAUACUAAGUCAGUUUUUUCCCAAUUAUUGUUUUAAUGUCACCUUCAAGGCUACCUCUAUUGUAGAACAACUGAACAAUCUGCUGAUGGGAGACAAAAUCUAUAUUUGUCGACAUUUUUGUUUAAUAUGUCAGCUUCAGAUGGCACCAUUCAUUUGUAAAGACUAAGAUAGUACACACUCAGAACUUCAAAACUAUAUAAGAAAGAAAUUGUGAGCAUUAUGCACCAGUCAGUGGAAUACCCCUACCCCCUACCCGGGGAACAGCGGGACAUUAGACCAAGACCUUGCUCUAUUUCACUCUCUGCUAUAUGGGCCACUCCCACUUGCCUAAACACACAUAAUGUCCCUGCAUACAAUAUCUACAAAGAAUAUCCGUCUAAAGGAAAUAGACCUAUUUGAUAAAUACUACCUUAUUCGUACUUAAUUUCGCACAUCUAUUAAACUGGAUUCUUUUCAGUUCGAUUUAGUUUUGCUCAUUGUUCUGGGCCCCUAAAAACUGGGCCUUUCCCUUUUUACUUAAAAUUUAAGUCAUAUCUAUGGUCCAUACUGAAUGCUUAAAAAAAUAGAACAUCUAAAUGGUUUACAAUAACUUUCAAGAAAAUAAAACGGUGACCUAAUCACACAAGAGUUUGUCAGUUCGUUCGCAAAAUUAUCAGCUCGCUUUCAUUCCCAGUCCUUUUUCGUUUUCAAGAUGGCGGCUAUGUCUAAUCCCACAUGCGGCUAAAUCGAGGAAUGCACAUUUGCCCGACGCCAUCUUGAAUUCCGCGCAAUGACCUGGGUCUCAGUUAUGAUGUCAUAGUAUCAACCAUGAAUGAUGUAAUCAAAACAAACGUAUUCGCGGGAAAAUUAAAAUAGUGGAUUUUGAUUGGAUAAUUGUCGCUCGCUCAUUGCCACUUUAUAAAUAGUCUAUUAAAAAUGGUCAUAAUAAAGCUAGUUUACAGCAGCAAAAAUUACAAUAAAUACACUUUUAAUGCUUUUAAAUCAUAAAUAAUCAUAUUACAAUGAUUUAAUUUAGCUUUUGAUAUCAUAUAAAGGAAAAUAAACCGGCCGAAUAUACAAAAUAACAACAUCUCGCGUAUCGACAUUUUUCACAGUGAUUUGUAUGCAUUAAUCGACACUUAGUCUCUGGCACGCAAAUUUACUUUCGUAUAGUGAGCACAUAGUUGUGUGCACGGUAGAUGGAAAUUCCGAAAAUACCCUUCGAUUCUGCAUGAAAUUCUGUAUAAACAGCCCUAGUUUUCCUUUUUCAUUGAAAAACUGAACGGAGAUAUUCGCCCUUUAAUACUCUAAAACUCGAGUCUUUAUCCUACUAUAGGAAUUUGUAUACACAGUAGAUGGGAAAUCGGAGAACACGAUUGAAUUCGCCAUUCGGCAACUUUUCAUAGUAAAUAUCUCUACUCAAUUUAAUAAAGUUUUUAUUGCGUGUUUACCUCCCAGCUGACAAUAGAAAUAAACUACGGAUGUAGACAAGGGAUAAAGGAGCACUUUAAUGGAUAACCAUUUUACUAAUUCAUUAUUAUCAUAAGAUAACCACAAAUGUCCCGAGUUAAUAAUGAAUUCAAGAUGGCGUCAUGUAAAUGUGCAUUCCUCGAUUUAGCCGCUAGUUCUAAUCCCCGAUAUAAGUCCUGCCAAAGUCCCCGGUACCUGAUAAUAUAACUAAUACAGUCUAAAUCCCUGUGUAGCAUGGUCGAAUAUAAGGUUCAAUCUCUCAAUAAUUCACCGCUAUUCCCCAGGUAGGGGGUGCGGGGCAUUCCACUGACUGGUGCAUUAUCAAAAAUCCUGAAAUGUGGUGGUGACACGUACAGCCAGGUGAAAUGGUGAAUACAUGAAGGCCAGUAGGAUUAUUUCAUAUUGUGCUAACAAUGGACAUAUCUCAGAGGUAUAUUUUUACAGUCUGACCAUCAUACCUUGUAACUGCUGGUAACUCAGUUAAUAUAUGCUGACAACAAUCCACACUGGGUUGCUAUAGGAUAAUAGGAAUAUAUUUAUACACGGGUUUAUACACAACCUUCUGCGUGAUGAAUAAUAUGCUACAUUAAUAAAUGAAAUAUAUUUAAAGCUAAAUCCUCUUAACCGUGGAGCUAAACAUUCAUAGCCAUCACAUGGGUGCAUUUUAAUAUUUAAUAUGUAUGACAGACUAUGUUUUAGGCUAGUACACACAGACAUUUCUCAUUAUAAAUAGUGUAUGAAAAUAUAUGAUAUACAUAAUUCGCGCUGUGAAUUGAGCAAUAGAAGAAAAGAAAAAAUUGAGCAAAUUGACAUACCUCUAAACGAUCUCCCUUUCUCACAAAACUUGAAGUAUUAAAGGCCAGCAUUUAUACAAAGUAUGUCUUUGCUUCGCUCCUGACCUCGACACCUCGUGUUAAAAUGCUGCAAGCUUGCUGAUCGAAAUAUUUUUAAACGCCAUACUUGGUACGUCGUUCGCAGUCGCUAAACAAAGUAUUCGGCAGUCAUCGAUUUGCUAUUUUGAAUUCCUGGGGUAUGAUAACGCUCCAAUGCAAAUUCCUUACUGCAACGUCAUAAUAUGACGUCACAACUGCCGACACAAAAUCGAGAUGAGCUUCAGUAUAUAAAACUGUUGGCGGGAAAUUCAAAUGCGCUAUAACACAUCGUCAAGAAUAGGAGGCUGCCUUCGGCAGCAAUUAAGAAUCAAUGGGAAAAUGCAAAAUAAUAAAGCCUCCGUCGACAACGGUAUCUGAUUUUUUUAUUCCAUCUCAAGUAAAACAAAAAUUAUUCUUUAGUGAUUAGUUGUUACAUGGUUUGGAGACUGUUAUUGUUGUUGAUAUAGACACAGAAUUUUCCAGAACAUUCUAUAAAAUUAAUAUUCAAUAUAAAAUAAUAUCUCAGUCAAACAAUGACAACAGUUAACAGGGGCCCCCACACCAAAUAUGCAUAAGGGCCCCAAGCCCGUAGCUGGCUCUCAAUUUCUGGGGGGGGGGGGGCACUGCAGAAAGAAUCUAACCGAGGGUUUGAGAUGAGAAAAAUUUUUUUCCGGAAUUUAUUUUGGAAUUUAUUUUUAUCAUGUCCCGUGAUUGCAAUUGGUUUCCAGGUCCUUUAUCUCAAUUUUUCAUACCAAAUUUCGGUACUUAGCCCAAAAAAAACAACAUUAACAGCUAUUAGUUCUGCAAAACGUAAGGGGGGCAUAAUUUCAAUUUUAUUUCCGACUGGGGGGGGCACUGGGGGGCACUGCCCCACCAAGUGGGGGGGGCCUCAGCUACGGGCCUGAAGGGCCCCCUCUUCCUCUGUUGUGCCACUGGCUGUUCUGCUGCUGCAGUAAUAUUGAUAUGUCAACACUAACAGUAAUUAGUAAUAUUGGCCAUUCACCAUUUGAUUAUUAAAGAGUUCAAUACCUAAAAUAACAAAAUAUGUUUUGUAGUUUUGCUACUUAAUUAACAUGAAAAUAGUCUAUUUGUUCUCAAUGACAAUGUCAAUAAAAAGUAAGUAUUUGCAUGUGUGUACAAUGCCAUACACUGUAUGUCAUAUGAAACAUUGCAUGUGCGAACUUGUGAAGAUAAAUUUUCAGUGAGGAUCAAGUAGUCUGUUGUUGAUUGUAAAGAUGUUCUGUUGAUAUGCAGGUGUUUAAUCUUGCUUAUCAGUUAGACAAUAUGUGUUAUUGAGUCAAAAUGUCUUAAAUAAUAAUUCGAAAAUUCACCUGGGCUAUUUUGGUUGGGCCAUUUUGGCAUUUUGUCUGCUACCCGACCUUUUUCCCUCCCGUAUGCCAAUGCCAAAACUUUACAGCACAACUGCAAAUAUGCUUCUGCUGCAAAACAAUAACUUCUGAAAAGGUGAACCAAUAUUGUAGUUAGCCCAUACAAGCGGGACCAUAGCUAGGGCGGGGGGUACAUAUUCAUAUAUUUGUGUUCUGCCCGACGGAUUUCUUUUGAAAGCGAUUGUUUUUACGGUAUGUGAACAUGAAUACAUGAAUAUACACACCCCCCCCCCAAUUAUCGCGUCUAGCUACGGCCCUGCAUACGGGCCGGUUGGUGCUUCAUUAACUGCCGUUCACGGCCGUCUUUCAUUGUUUGCGGUCAUGUACGAUCUCCAUCAUGUGGUGCAGGGACAUGCCUGUCCAUUCGUUGAUGUAAUUGAUCCAUGAUCUGUGCCCUUCUAUUGGUCCUAUCGAGCAUACUUAGCAUAAUAACCUUCAGUAAUCGAUCGUCAUUCAUUCUACACACGUGCCCGUGCUCUCAGCCCUCACUCAUCUUUCUUCAAAGUCCAUGUCUCGGAGGCAUACAGCAGCACACUGGAAACACAAGCACGCAGCAGUUCGUCCAUAAGCUCAAUUCACUAGCAUCACACAACUUGUUUGGGCCAGCCAAUACUGCGAAAAAUGCAACUUUUGAUCCCUUGGAGGAAUCGAACCUGCAGCCCUGCAAUUACGGUGCAGCGCUUUAACCAACUGAGCUACAGAGGCCAGUUGUCGAUCUCUAACCACAAAUUCAUGUAUAUAAUUAUAUACUAGGGUAUGUGAGGUUAUGGGUAAAUAUCAAGAUUUUGUUGAAGGGUAUUGUAGAUGGAAAUUAUCAAGUGGAAUUUUAAAUACAUUUAUUAGACCUAACUAGGAACAGCUGAGAAAAAUGAAAGUUUAGGUCCCUGGCAGGAGUCGAACCUGCUUUAUAUACAUUUAUUAGACAGGGACCUAAAGUUGCAUUUUUCGCAGCUGUUCCUUGUUAGAAUGUAUAUAAAUUAAAUGAAUAUAAGUUUAAAUGUAUAUAAAUUAUUAUUAUUAUUAUUAUUACAAGGUGUGGGAUAACCUAAAAUUAAUGUUAAUAUAAUCCUUCUUAAAAUAAUUAUUGUGCAAUAAAUAUAUAGUAUCAAUUCAAGUAGACAUUGAUAAGCUACCUGUAAAGCGAGGUUUAUCAUUGUAGUUGUAUAUAUCCUAAUAAUCAAUAAAUAAAGUUUCCAUUAUUAUUAUUAUUAUUAUUAUUAUUAUUAUUAUGUAUAUAAAUUUCCACUCAAAACAGAAGUUUACUGGUAAUCACCUAGCAAUUAAACACCCCUUUCAAACAAGCCCUGCUGUUCUAAUAGUCAAGCCCUUGUUCAAGGAAGAAAUUUACAAAAUGCCCCCUCUGCCCUCUUUAUCAAGGCUCUUCCCCUUCACAACAAAGAACAUGGGUACCGGUUACAUGUGGUUGAUUAUAAUGAUCGAGUCUUGAAUAUAAAAUUCAUGCCAAUUUACUGUUGAAGGACAGCAUUUUGGCAAAAUCAAUAAGCUCCCCCCCCCCCAGUCAAUUCACUGAUCUUUUUACUAACAUAUUGUUUAUUCAUAGAGUUUGCAAUAUUACAUUUUAGGGUAUAUAAAAUUCUGUCAUAAACCAGAUUAUCAAGUGAUCACAUUCCAUUCCCAUGAAACCCCUCAGCUGUCUGUAUUCUCAUGGAAACCUAAAGGUACGUAUUUUUACUAUUGAUAUGUAAAAUUAAUGAUUGCCUGAGAUCACCUCUUUGUAGGAAUCAAAAUAACUAUUAAAUCAAAUCAAAUUAAUCUUAUACGCUCAGAUGAAGAUUAUUUGGCCCACAAGUUUACAUUCAUUUUAUUGUAUACUGUAAUUUACAGGUACCGCGGACAGGGGGGAGCCGAGAGAGACAUGCCCCCCCCCCCACUUUCUCGGUGGGUAAUAAAAAAUUACCGGAUAAAAUCCAGCCUUCAAAACAGGAUCCGCGGUCCCUAAAUGAAAUUUAACUUGGUUUUCCUUUCACUUAGUCAAGCGAGAAAAGUUUUCAUGAUGUUUAUCGCAAACCCACACACACCGACAAAUACUUGUCAUACGACUCUCAUCACCCAGUAAGCCAUAAAAGAUCCGUAACAAACACUUUGCUUCAAAGAGAUGAAUCCUUGCCGUUAAACAGUGAUUCUCAAGCUAAUGAACGUGAAUAUGUUCUAAAUGUUUUAGGGGAAAACGAUUACCCAAAACGUUUUCUUAAUGGUUGCCUGAGAUCACCUCUUUGUAGGAACCAAAAUAACUCCGAGGGUGGUACCUCUGUUAAGGGUUAUGCAAUAGUUCCAUACAUUCAAGGUAUUAUAAGGUCUAUUGUAAUAUUAAGGUUGCCUUAAAACCCUAUUUGACUUUAGCGGCCAUAUUUUCGCAAAGCCAAAAGAUCCUGUUAAAACAAAUCAGAAAACUCAUGCUGUAUAUUCUAUACCAUGCAGUGACUGCGAGAAAGAGUAUUUGGGUCAGUCUAAACGCCAGUUUGGUACACGGCUAAAAGAACAUCAAAAGGCUGUUUCAACUUUAGACACUUGAGGGAAAAUCAGCUUUAGCUGAACAUGUAUGUUACACCAAACACGAGAUUGCGUGGGAAAACUCUAAAGUAAUUACCACAAACAAUCGCUAUGGUCAAAGACUUUGCCUAGAAGCGUGGCAUGUAAAUAUGAGUAAUCAUGCUUUGAAUAGGGAUGACGGUGCUUAUUUGCCAGGGGAAUAUAUGCAUCUCAUUGGCAGGUGACGUCAUCCCUUGGGUAUUUAAGAAGCCACGAUUGCAAUUUUAGAUCACCCCUGAUGAAGACACUAGACUGGAGUGUCGAAACGUUGGGUCUUGAUUACAAUUCGACUGGGCUUUGUAAUCAUUUAUUUAAACCAGAGUAGCGAGCGAAACAUGAUUGAUAUACCUGGUUGCAGUGAACGAACAAACUUUAAAUCAUAUGAAACAUGUUAACAUGGGUUUUACAAUGCCGGUUACAAUUACUCACAAUUGCCCGCCAUGCACCACGAUGAUAAUCACCGCCUUAGCUUAAGUUAAAACUUCACUUGCAGUUUUAAGUGUUUUGUAAAAAUUUAUUACAUACACCAAUUUAUUAUGAUACAGCUAUUAAUAUAACUAAGACUAGAGGGCACUCAGAGACUGCAUACCUCCGCCCGUUACUCGGAAGUGAAAGGCAACCUUGGAAUUUCCUAAGAAAUCCAUUUUACAAUUCUUAAGCAUAAAAGAUUUCAGGCCCCCGCGAAUUGAAAUCGAAUUGCUAAUAGAACAUAUUACUGUUGUUGUGCUGUACAGUACUUGUAAAAUAAAAACUUAUUAAGUGUCAUUAAAUAAAUGCAUAAAUUUUGCUUUAUGCACUCGCGCGUGCAGUAAUUUUCACAGUUGUAGCUAUUUUAAAUUCCCAGGCAGCUAAAAUCUUUUGUCUUUAAAACAAUGUCGAUUUCUUGGGAAAUUCCGAGGUUGCGUUCUUUUUAUACACACUGUAUUGAAGUAAUCUAAUGUUGUUAGAAUUUGAAUGGACUGGCACUUUGCUGAACGUAAUAAUGCGUAACUCCGUAAGCCUUGUUUUAGACAUUGAAUUUCGGUCGCGUGAAAUGCAACUAAGACAAUAGAUAAUGAAGGCCGAAGCUUAAUGAGGUUUAUCAUCUCAUUACUGUCUUAGCACUGAGUGCAUAAAUUAUACACGUCCUAAUUACGCAUUCAGUAAUAUAUUUUGUUAAUUGACCGGGAAAAGCAAGACAAAAUUUUGUUCAUUUCUCGUUCAAUUUUUAACCAAAUUCAACCAAAUUUUAAUCAGUUCUUCCUUAGCCGAUGGGAAAUGCAUUCAAAAAAUUUCGUACGGAUAUGUUUGGUAUUUCUUGAGUUAUCGUGCUCACAGACAAACACACACACAUACACACACACACACAUACACACACACACACACACAUACACACACACAUACACACACACACACACACAUACAAACCCAGAUGAUUACAUAACCUCCUGGCGGAGGUAAUAAUCACUAAUCAGUACUAUUUUAAUUAUUAUAAAAUGCAAAUGUAUAUAGCUAUAUAUAUAUAUAUAUAUAUAUAUAUAUAUAUAUAUAUAUAUAUAUAUAUAUAUAUAUAUAUAUAUAUAUAUAUACUAGGAUUAGAUGCUUUCGGAAGAUGGGUUACCACACAUAAUUGGUUUUGUGACCUUGAACCCAACCCUACUGUUGAUAGCUUGGCAAUCUCGUUUACAAACCAGUUAACAGAAAGUAUUGACCGAAUCUUCCCACAACAGACGUCAACACGUCAUCACACGGAUAAACCAUGGAUAACACCUGCAAUAAAACAGCUUAUCAAAUAUCGACAAAAGGCGUUUCAUGGUCAUAAUACAAUCUUGUGGAAAUCGUUGAAAUAUAAGGUCCAACAUGAAAUCAAUGCGAGGAAAAUAUCGUACUACAAAACAAAGGUACAACAUUUAAAGAAGGAUGACUGCCGUAUGUGGUGGAAAAUCGUAAAUAAAAUGGCAGGAAAAUCUGGAAAGAACUCCUUCUCGCUUGAACAUGAUGGAAGAACUCUGGAUCAAUCAGAAUUAGUUAGAGCUUUGAAUGUGUUCUAUGCAUCGGUGAAUAGUGACAUUCCACCACUUAAUUUAGCGACACUCCCGGCAUUUCUUCCGGCCAAAGAACCUGCUCCAACAGUUCAACCGCAUGAAGUAUGUAAAAAGCUCCUAGAAAUUAAACCUUUUAAAGCUCACGGCCCAGACAACGUCCCCUGUCGUAUCCUGAAAGAGUUUGCCCAUGAAUUAGCCGAACCUGUUGCAACUAUUUUCAAUGAAUCACUUUCAUCUGGAAUCGUGCCUGCAAUAUGGAAAGACUCAGACAUCAUUCCAGUUCCAAAAUCACAACCUCCUACCUGUGAAGGUGACACCAGACCCAUCUCACUGACACCCUGCCUGGCUAAGGUUCUUGAAGAUUUCGUGGUCGGGUGGAUGAUAACCGAUAUUAAAGACAAGAUCGACCCCAAGCAGUUUGGAUGCUUGAAAGGAACAUCCACAACUUAUUGCCUUUUAGACAUGAUCCACACUUGGUUGAUCAAAUUAGAGUGUCCUGAAAAACAUCUUAGACUUUGUUUCCUUGACUUCGAAAAGGCGUUUGACCGUAUAGGACAUAAUUUACUAAUAUUAAAGCUGUUGGACCGAGGUGUUAGAUCGUCCCUGUUGCCUUGGAUUAUCAACUUCCUAACUAACCGCCGUCAUCGGGUCAAACUUGGAGGAAAAACGUCAGACUGGUUGCCAAUGAAUGCGGGUGUCCCUCAGGGAACUAAACUCGGUCCAAUUCUGUUUUUGGCGAUGAUAAAUGAUCUCGAUGUGAAACCACACGCAACGGAUAUUUGGAAAUUUGUGGAUGACAUAUCAACAUCUGAAAAUAUCACAAAAGGCAGCAAUUCAAAGUUUCAGUUCUGUAUUGAUACUAUAAAUUCUUUGGCUUCGUGCAACCUUAUGAAACUUAACCCCAAAAGUGGAAAGAACUACGCGUUUGCUUUCUGA